AUGCCGACAAGAUUUUUAUUGCUGGUAAUAUUUUUAUCUAUCUAUCUAUCUAUCUAUCUAUCUAUCUAUCUAUCUAUCUAUCUAUUGAUUUGUUUUGGUUUCAUACAAAUCUAUCAAUCUAUCUAUCUAUUUCAAUCUGUUUAUAUCUAUCUAUUGAUCUAUCUAUCUCAAUCUGUUUCUAUCUAUCUAUCGAUCCAUCUAUCUAUCUCAAUCUUUUUAUAUCUAUCUAUUUCAUGUGCUACAAUCUAUCUCAAUCUGUUUAUAUCUAUCUAUCUAUCUAUCUAUCUAUCUAUCUAUCUAUCUAUCUACCUAUCUCACUCAAAUCCUACCGUCUGUAAUCUAUCUCAAUCUGUUUUGCUAUCUAUCUCUAUCUAUCUUGGAUCUAUCUAUCUAUCUCAUAAAUCCUACCGGUUCAUUGAACUAUUGUGCUACAAUCUAUCCCAAUCUGUUUAUAUCUAUCUAUCUAUCUAUCUAUCUAUCUAUCUAUCUAUCUAUCUAUCUAUCUAUCUAUCUAUCUAUUCCAGAGUGCUACUAUCUAUCUAUCUAUCUAUCUAUUUCAUCUGCUAUCUAUCUAUCUAUCUAUCUAUCUAUCUAUCUAUCUAUUUCAUAGUGCUAUCUAUCUAUCUAUCUAUUUCAGAGUGCUACUAUCUAUCUAUUUCAGAGUGCUACUAUCUAUCUAUCUAUCUAUCUAUCUAUCUAUCUAUCUAUCUAUUUCAGAUUGCUACUAUCUAUCUAUCUAUUUCAGAGUGCUACUAUUUAUCUAUCUAUCUAUCUAUCUAUCUAUUUCAGAGUGCUACUAUCUAUCUAUCUAUCUAUCUAUCUAUCUUUCUAUCUAUCUAUCUAUCUAUUUCAGAGUGCUACUAUCUAUCUAUCUAUCUAUCUAUCUAUCUAUCUAUCUAUCUAUUUCAGAGUGCUACUAUCUAUCUAUCUGACUCAAUUCCUGUCUAUCAGUUUAUUGAUUAUUUUCAUUUUCCUAUUGGCUGUUUGGCAGAUUGUUUUUAUUCGUUGAGUCAUUCUCGUUUUUAUUCAGCAAUUUGUAUUGAACUUUUACCAAAAGAGAAUUUUCGUUUCUUUCUUUCUUUUUUUCAGGCGUUCAUUCUAGCUUCUUCUUCAGCUCUUUACCAUUUUAUAACUUCCGCUUUCCUUUCUUAUCUACUUCCGUUCUUCUAUAUAACUACAUUUCUUAUAGUCAGUUUGGUAUUUUAUUUUGGCGGGGGGGUCUUUCUUUUUCUUCCAUAUUCCUCCUCUUCUCUCAGGUUACUUUUUCUUUCUUUUUCUCAUGAUCGUCCUUAUAUCGUUUUUUUUUUUUUUUUUUUUUUACUUUCCUUCAUUUUCCUGCAUUCUUUUUCUUUCUUUUUCUUUCCAGUUUGUUUCUUUUCUUCCAUUUUUCGCUUGUUUUAUUUUUUCGACUUCCUCUUUCAAUACUUCUUUUCAUUUUUUCCUUUCAUCGUUCAUUCUAGCGUCUUCUUUCAAUCUUUAACCUUUAUAACUUCCUGUUUCUUUUCUCAUUUACUUCCGUCUUUCAUAUAUCUUCAUUGCUUCUUAUCGUCCGUUUGUAAUUUUUUCCCUUUUUUUUAUCUUCCAUCCUCCGCCUCUUAUCUCAGGCUAACUCUUCCUUCUUUUUCUCAUGAUCGUCCUUCUUUUGUUUUUUUUUUUUUUUCUUUUUUACUUUCCUUCAUUUUCCGGUAUUCUUUUUUCUUUCCACAUUUUUGUUUUCUUCCAUUUUUUUGCCUGAUUUAUUUUUUCGACUUCCUCUUUCAAUACUUCUUUUCAUUUCUUCCUUUCAUGUUUCAUCGUCUUUUUCUGCUUUCUUUUUUUCUAAUUAAAUUUUACAUUCAUUUGCUCUAUUUUCCCCUUCCUUCUUCUUUUUGUCAUUUAAAACUUCUUCUUUCUAUUUUUGUUUCUUCUUCGCUUUCUCCCUUGUUAGCGGUUUUUUAUUCGUUCCUUCUUACUUUCUGUGUUUUUUAUCCUUCCUCCCAUCAUUUUUGCUCUUUCAACCAUGUUCAUUUAUUUGUUUCCUUUUUCCUUUCUCCUGACAACUCCUUUUUUUCUUUAUCCUCUUUCACGAAUCUCCUUUUCUUCCCCUUUGAUUCACAUUCCUUUCUUCUUUAUUUUAUAAUUCCUACUCUUUAUAUAAAAUCAUUUGCUUGUCUUUUUUUUCCUUUUUUUCCUUCCACUUUCUUUUAUUCAUUCUUUCUUUUUUACUUUCUCUUCCUUUUCUCUAGAGUAACUCUUUCUCAUCUUCUCAUUUAUUUUCUCUCGAUUUUUUUCUGUGCUAUUGUUUCUCUGUCUUUUUUUUUCUCCUUCCUUUCUGUUUUCUUCUUUCCUUUUUUUUAA